UACCCAGCGGCACAAAGACCAGAGUGCAGUCACAGUCUCCUCCACGCUGUGAGUGCGCAGCGCCCUGCACAGAUCGCUCCAAUUCGGACCUAAAGCCCACCAUUGCAUGAACCUGUGUACUUUUCCUGCAGCUUUCUUGGCCGACCAUCAGUAGGCUGUUCCCGCUGUGGCUGUUUUCCAGCAGAUACUCCGACCCCGAAACCCAUCGGGACCUGUGAAAAGAGAAGCUGCGGGAGUGGUCUGGAAACUUUAGCCAUCAUGAGCACGCCAACGGUCAACCUUGAUACCUACAGCCUGUCGCUGCUCACGGCCAAAGAGGACAUCCUCAACCCCCGCUCCUCCACCAACUGGGCAUUGUUUACAUAUGAAGGAGUCACCAACAAGCUCAAACUGGCUGACUCAGGAGCGGGUGGUGUGGCAGAGCUGGCAGGGAAGUUUCACAUCUCCAAGCCUCAAUAUGGACUGUGCAAAGUGGGAAGUACGGAGACAGGAACCCCACGGAUUGCUAUGAUCAUCUGGGUCGGCCAAAACGUGGAUGACUACCGGAGGACAGAAUGUGCCAGCCACAUUCCAGCCAUCAGGAACUUCUUCAAGGAAGCGCAUGCUUUCAUUAAUGCAGAGAAGGUGGAGGAUGUGACAGAGGAGAAGAUAAGAGCUGAGCUCAGCAAGGCACAAGCCCAGACUCCUACACAGUGGGUGAGAAGGAGCUCGAGGUCUGCGGACAAGGAGGAAAUAGUGGGUACCAACUACAGAAAAACUAAUGCCGCAAUGGAGAUGAGACUAAUAAACAGAGACUCCUUCUGGGCACGUGCAGAGCGUGAAGAGGAAGAAAGGAAAGAAGAGGACAGGAGAAGAGCAGCAGAAGAGAGACGGCGCCUUGAAAGAGAAAGAAUUCUGAAGGAACGAAGGGACGCAGAGGAGAGAGACAGAAAAAUGAACGAGAAACUACAGAUGAUUGAAGAGCAGAGAAGAAAACAGGCAGAGCAAGAAGAAGAGCUGCGCAAAAAGGAGAAAAUGAGAUGGGAGCAGCAGCAGAGGGAGCACGAGGAAGACAUGAGGGCUCGUCUUAGAAGGAGUGAGUCCAUAGAGAAGGCAGCAGAGGCAGCAGCAUUAGUAUCUCAGCGCUCCAUGAACCCCAGAGAGUUCUUCAGGCAGCUGUCAUCAUCAUCAUCACAAAGUCCCACUAGCCCUGGAUCCUCCCGCACUGGCAAACCAUUCAGACGAUACCAGCGCAGCCUGACAGAUACAGCUUUCAUCUUCUCCAAAGCAGAAGAGAGCACAGCCUCCUCCCCCCGUAGUUCUCCCCUGGUCUCCCCCUUCUCCCGGGCUCCCCCCUCUCCCAUUUACCGUGCCAUGUCUCCCCCCAUAAGCUCUGAUUUCUGCGCCGUUACCUCUCCACAAAGGCCCAGAGCCCCCAUGUCACCACCCACAUCGCCUCUUCGUCCUGCCCCUCCAAUUUCAUCUCUCCCCAUCCUUCCACACACCAACAACCAAGCCCAGGUUGAGCCCAGACCUUCGUCACCCACAGAACCUUCGGCACCUCCAGCCUCACCUACUCUUUUAGCUUCUUUCUCCCCCAGUUUAGAAAAAAACAGCCCCCCUCAGUCACAUUCGGACGCCCUGCUUGCCUCAAUUCCAAAUAUCCAAACACAGCCAGAGGAUACAAGUUUUUACUUCGAGGCAGCACAGGCUCCAACAGCUCCUCUUCCCGAAAGUCCACAAACAAACACAGACCUCAACACAGCCAGUCAUGUGCACACUGAGCUGGUCUCAGACAUUGGCUACAAAGUCCAGGCUGUCCUGGUGGAGGAGGACGAGGAAGAAGAUGAGGAGGAACAUGAGGAAGAUAGACCUGAGACACAACCAAAGCCUUGUGCUGUGACCACAGAACUUGCCAAGAUGGAGGCAGAGGAGGAAGAAGAAGAAGAGGAAAAGGAGGGGGAGAAAGAAGAGCAGAAAGUGCAGGAAAAGAAGGAGGAAGAGAAGGAGAAAGAGGAGAAGGAAGAGAAGGUAGUGGAGGUAGAAGAAUUAAAAGAGGAAAUUGAGUUGGUAUCAGUGGAGGAACCAGUGGAUGAAGUGGAGGUGAAAGAAGAUGGAGAGAAGAAUAACCAAUCAGAAGACAGUCAGCACCCCGCUGAGCUUGAAGAGCUUUCAGAGACAGAGGAAGAGACAGCAGUCACAGAUGUUGAGCUCAUUUGUCAAGAAAUCAAACAAGAGACUGUAAUCCUGUCAGCCAAUGGGAUCACGAAUGGAGACGUCACAGAGAAACAGAAUGGCAUAGUGGAGUCUUUGAGUCCAGCUGACACAGAAUUCGACACAUCAGAGACAACUGUGUGCUACAAUCUUCAUGACACUGCAGAGGAGGAUGAACUCAUUGACUACAAGCAACAGGAGAUCUCAGAAAAUGGACAAGAGGUUUUAGCUGAGCAACAAAUGUGCGUCCGAGCUCUGUAUGACUACCAAGCAGAGGACGAAUCUGAGAUCUCCUUUGAACCUGGUGACAUCAUCACGGAUGUGGAGACGGUGGACAAAGCCUGGUGGAGAGGGUGGAGCAAAGAUGGCCGUCAAGGCUUAUUCCCUGCCAAUUAUGUGGAGACCAUAUAGGCAGGCGGAGACACACCAGCACACACACAUACACAGCGACACACACUCAGGGACACCAUCUCCCCUCACGUUUAUGCAUGUUUUUACCUUAAUCCUCCCACUGGAACUUUGUACUCUGUUUUGUAGGAAGAAUAAAGAAAAAUGUGACUCCUUGUUUUGUAGACAGCAUAAGGAAAGCGUGUGAAUCUCUAUUUUGAUGUUUUUUUGAGGAAAACAACAUUCUCCCAAGUUUGUAGAAAUUACCCAGCCUCAUUUUCUUGGAUAAAAUAGCGAAGACCUUUUUCCUGGACCCAAAAUAACUUAUUUUCUUUUGAGAUACAGUAGAAAUGUUGGAGGGAGAGAUCAGAUCGCAAUGACAAAUGAUCACAAACUUGUUUUCUUCUGAGAAACACAAAUAGAUUUUUAUAGUGUAUAGUCUUCCUUUUGAUCCACACAUAUAACAAGCAUUCCAUUCUGCUCACCAUUAUCCAUAUAUCAGACAUCGUCUUAUAAUCAUCUUCCUGUAUUUCCUGAGUUAUUUUGUAUUGCUGUGUUUGUUACUGACAGUCUCAGAGCACAGUUUAAUUACCCAAACCAGAACAGAAGUGUAGCAAAUGAUGAAAAAAAAAACGAGGAAAAUGGUGUUGUGUUUGACACCUGUAUAAGUCUGUAUUUUGGAUGGGUUGUAUUUUGUUCAUAUGGUGAUGUCCUUCCAUAUGUGUUUUGAUUAUGUCUUAUCUUAUUUUCCUCUUAGAUAUUAACAAAAUAAUGCAUUAUGUCAACACACAGAAAAUAUGAAAACAUCUUCCAAUUUUAAUCUUUUAUAAUAUCAUAAUACUCUACAUUGUAUAUAAGAAUGUAUAAAAAACCCUGUCAAGAUUGUCUCUUUUUCUAUUCUUGCCUUGUUUGUUUGUGUUGUACGCUUGUUUCAUGGUGUCUGUUUUUUUGUAUUUACUCUGAACUUACAAAUAUAUAGCAUCUAUAAAAUUAAACUGCUUUUAAAUGUU